AUGGCGUCCUCCUCCGCCGCCGAGCCAGGCCCCCGCCUCUCCGAUCGGACGAGGAGGUCGCCCCUGGGCCUGAGGGCCAUGGUGCUCCUGAUGCACGUGGUCUUCGUCGGCGCCGUCUUCCUGCUCGAUUCGACCCUCGAUAGGCGGAUCCACGAGGAGCCGUGGUAUAUCGGAGUGUAUGGUGUGCUCGUUCUGAUCGCCUUAGCGCAAUACUUCUACACUGCUGGUUCAUCUCCAGGCUAUGUUAUUGAUGCAAUGCAAGCCAGUGGUGGGAUGCAUGCAACCUUCAUCAAUACCGCCACUCUUUCAAAACAAUCCAGUUCAAAACAUGGAAGCUUAAAGUCCACCACAAACCGGCCUGAUCUAGAGAAACUUAGACCAAUGUCUUCUUCAUCGUCAUGGUUGCAUCAAAUUGUGGAUCUUUAUCCUCCUGGGUCAAGCAACAGGGAUUGGACUUGCCAAUAUUGCAAAAUUAUCCAGCCACCUCGUACCAGGCACUGCCAUGAUUGUGAUAAAUGUGUCCUUCAGUUUGACCAUCACUGUGUUUGGCUUGGAACGUGCAUUGGCAAAAAGAACCAUUGUCGUUUUUGGUGGUACAUAUUUGAAGAAUCAAUCCUGUCUACCUGGACUGUCGCUCUGUACAUUGAGUCACUGCAUUUAGAUAUUGAGAAAGUCUGGUGGAAGGAUUUUAUUGGUGUAAUCCUGUUGGCAGUAUUGAUAUUUAUCCUUAUGUUCCUGCUGUUGUUGUUGAUGUUUCAUACUUAUAUUGCUCUCACAAAUCAAACAACCUAUGAAGUGGCCAGAAGGAAGCGGAUAUUCUACUUAAGGGGAAUUCCUGAUAGAGUUCAUCCGUUCAGUAAAGGCAUAUGCAGAAACAUCUAUGACUUCUGCUUCACUAGAGAGAAUGGAUUUGUUCUCGAGGCCGUGCCCCCAAUUGAGGAGCUGGAAGCCAGAGCAGCCCCGUACACAUGCCGAGACCUGUUUUGCUGCCGAUGCUGCUGA